UUAGCCUCAAUAUAAUUUUAGAUAUUCUAACAAUGUGAAGGCGUGAAGCAACUAGGAGCUAAUGGACUCCAAGGACUCCAAAAUCUCCACUGCCACCUCCUUCAGGCGGCCGUCCAAUCGCCUUCUCUAUGACCGCCGUUACGGUUGGGUGUUUGAUGAAUGGAAAGACCCCUCAGAGGAAGCCCUAGCUGGUGGCCGGGGAAUGUUCUGCAUAUUGCCUCUAACAAAAGCUUUCCUGAAUACUGCUAAGAGCUCGAUUAAUCUUGCAGCAGAUUUUGCUCUCAAAGUUUUGGAAAAGCCAGAUCUUUUGUCUCCUCAGGCACUGCGGGCAAAUCUUGAUAAGCAGCUUAAAGAAGUCAUUUCUUCCAUAAAAACACCAGAAAUCAACAUCUUUGCUCUCAAUGUAAAGAAAUUAUCCGAAACCUCCAAUUUCUCUUCACAUCUACAAAUAGGAACAACAGAAUCAGAUAUGACUCGAAGUAUGUAAACUUCACUUCCUGUAAUUUCAUGUGAAUCUACUUUAUAUUAUUUCAGGUCUUUGUUGAACUUAUAUGGACUUUUCAUGUCUACAACACAUGGGGUUGUAAAAACACUAUAUUUGAUAGAUGGUGAAUCUAGUUUUAACAAACUAUUUUCGGCCAAGAAUUUUGUCCAA